AUGACUCUGCUGACGCGCUUCGCCGUGCGUCCUCGCGGUCGUCCGGCUCUCCGAGGCUGCAUUGGUCGUGGUCUUGCUGCAGCGUCGAGUGUCAGUGAUAGCGUUGACGCCGGUGCGCGCUUGACGAACUCGUUGUCCAGUGCCAAGUUGGUCAAGCGAAAGGUGGCGAUCGUUGGCGGCUACAAAGGCACGGGCUAUCACGGACUGCAGUUGAAUAACGACGUGAACACUAUCGAAGACGAAAUACGACGCGCGAUUUUCGAGGCUGGAGCCAUGCGCGAGUCGAAUCUCGAAGACUUGGGAAAGAUCGAUUGGUCUAGAAGCAGCCGCACGGACAAGGGCGUGCACGCGAGCUGCAUUGUCUUUUCUGGAAAGCUGUUGAUCGAUGAGGAAAACACAGUGGACCAGGCAACGGGUCGUGUGAAGGGACUCACAGAGGCGCUGAAUGCGUCGCUGCCGGAGAAUGUUCGCGUGUUCUCGUGUACCCGAGUGAACAAGCGCUUUUCUGCGCGGAAGAACUGCGUAAUGCGUGAGUACGAGUACUUCAUGCCGCUUUCGUUCUUGCGAGACAGCACCCUUGCAUCGCACGGAGCGGAGUUUGAUCAAGACGAGGCUGUUGCUGAAUUCUGCCGCGCGUUGCGUCGUUAUGAGGGCGUGAACGAUUUCCACAACUUUACGCGCUCGAGGUCUCACUUUUACAAGUUGCAGGCAAAGAGAGGUCAGUGGAAGCAGCAUAAUCGAUGCGAAGCAGGCCAAUCGGAAGUGUGUAACGACGACGGUGUUGAAGAUGACGACGGUGGCGAAGACGACGUGAUUGAAGAACAUGGAGAUGCUGAGGGUUCUUUUGCAGAAGAGGAGAGCUUGGCUGUCGACGGCUGCACUAGUCGAUUGAACCAGACUGAAGAUGACGGAGGUCUUACUCGCAAGCUGCUGCUUCGUCAUCGCCGAUCCGUUUACUCGUGCUCAGGCAGCCUCGUUCAGGAUUUCUGUGGCGAACCUUAUUUGCGGGUCCAUGUUGUCGGACAAGCGUUUUUGCUGAACCAGAUUCGCUGCAUGAUCGGCGGCGCGCUAGCAGUAGCGACGAAGGGCAUGUCUCGUGUUGCAUUUGAUGCUGCUUUGCUAACACCCCGUAUCGUCCGCGUUCCGAUUGCUCCAGCCGAGGGACUUGUACUUCUUAGCAGCUCGUUUGGAGGAAAACGUCACACCGUCUCGCUGCACGCGGACCAGAACACCGCUCUUGCGCAAGAGCGCAAGGAUAUGAUGCAUCGGAUACUUUUGAACCGCCGCGAAGACGAGAAGAUGAUGCAGUUUCGCGAGGAGGUUAUCUACAAGGAGGUUUCUAGCAGCUGGGGCACAGAAGUAAAGUCGGACCAAUGGCGCACGUACCUCGAGCGCUGUUAUGAGUCGAACAAAGACCUCGACGAAGACGAGCUGUCGAGUGUGCUGUACGAGCUAGACCAAGCCAAAAUGAAGAGCGCGAGCAAGAGUCAGUCCAUCGUUGAGCAAAACCGCAUUGACCUCGGCGAGCACGGGCGUCAGGGUGCUUUACUGCCGAAACAAUUCACCACGAAGCUUUGCGUUCGGUACAGUGUGGCCCCCGGUAUCUUCACGUCGGACUUGCGCCGCGCAGUGACCCGGCACCUCAAGACCGGCAAGAUCCCGCUUGACGUGGAGGAAGAGCAGCUCAUGGCGUACAUUGACAACGUUGGUCCGAAAAGACUUGCGAGGGAGGGCCGGAAGCUCCGGUUGAGCCUUUGCACCUAA